UCUGGAGUUGGAGACCCCAGAGCCAUAAACCUAAUGAUAGAGUAAUAUAUAAAUAGAAAGUGAACUAAUACAGAGACGGUCUAGGAAAUAACUCAUAUUCAGGAGGUUAUUUACACGACAGUAUUGAUGAAAAUAUGUUCAUAAUCAGAAUCAUUUCUGUUAAAAGCUCUAAUAGAAACGCCUCCGAACUCCGCACUAGUUUGUCCUUCCGUGCCUCCCAUACAUUCACAUGACUUCCACUGCGUGUGACUGCCCUGCAUUCUUCAAGUGUCAUGGUCAGUUUCACAAGUUGGUUUCCACUUAUAGAGAGACGCUAAGCGAACUUUAACUAGAGAUUACUACCCGUCCUUGGUUUAGUUUUGCGCAAACAUCGCACAGUUGUGUGGAAGGAUCUACUGUGUGGAAGGAUCUACGCCUCGGAUUCUGUCAAAGUGCAUCUUCAGCCUGGAGGAGGAAACCCAUGAUCGACCACUGAGGAUAACUUAUGGCUGGGCUCACGCCGCCGGACACAAGGAGGUGCAAUUAUUUCUUCCUCUAUGAUGGAUCAAAGGUCAGAGGAGAGGGGGACCCCACAAGGAAUGGCAUCUGCUAUUUCUACCCUGAGGAAACCCCUUUGGACAAGCAGGAUCUGCUCUGUGGUCAGCUUGCAGGCGUGGGCCGCUGUGUUUCUGAGCUUUCCUCCUCUUCUGUACAAACCCUGAGGCUGCGUCGCUGCAAGUUUGCCAUCCGCAUGAAGGAGGACUUCUUCUGGGCUCUUGGCUGCUCAAUGGAAGUCCCUACUGAGAGUGUCUGUGAGCUCCUGGAUCAUCUCAUCAAUCUCUUCUGUUUCUACAAUGGCUCUGUUCGCCAGAGCUAUCAGCUCAACAGUAAGGAAAGUCUGGCUGCUGAGUGGGCACGAUACCUUUUCCACGUGCUGUCUGGACCCUCAGAGUUGCACUACAUCUUACGAAGCGUGAGAACCAUAGAUCUUACAAAAGUUGACCCACUUCUUCUCCUCAAAGCUGCCCUCAUUCUUCAGGCAUGCCAGCGAUGCCCCCUGGUGUUAGCAGGCUGUGUUCUUUUCAGAGGACGAGCUGUCAGCACACAGAUGCCUCCGCAGCUAACAAUGAAGGUCAUGGUUCAUGAGAGCAAAACAUACACUAAGACCCAGAUGUUGAGUGAAGCGAGCCUGUCCAGCUCAGACGGUGGUCCUGUUAGCUCAACUGCUGUGUUCCUGACACCAUCCGAACUUCAGUACCUGCAGGCUGCUCCUGUCGACAAAACUUCCCGUUCCCAUUCUACUCAAGAGAAAGAUGCUCUCCCAAAGAAGACCAGGCUUUCAAGAACUUUGUCGGACACGCCCUCCUCUGACUCGGAGCCAUCUCAUCCAACAUCGUGUCAGUCCCCUCAGAAAUUGUCCUUCAACCCACACCUGUCAGGAUCUCAAGACUCUGUGUUUAGUCCAGCUUCAUCACAGAGCACUGCUGAUUCCCCCAAUCCCUCUCCUGUGUCACCAGUGCGUCCUUUUUCAAAUGGAAGGAACUCUCAUGAAACUGUGGAGAAAGCACUGGAUGAGUCACAUUAUCACAGUUUUCACAGCUGUGGAGAUGAAGUUAGCCAGAUGCACAACGAAGCAGAUGGUUCAGUGUUUGAGGAAAACCUCUAUCUUAACGGAGGUGCCUUGGGUGGUGAUGCCACCCGUGAGACAUCAUUCGAGGUCCGAGGAGCUGAUUGUGGGAAUGAUCUAUUACGUGAUGAUCAGAUGGCAGCAGGAGAGGUUGAAGUCUCCUGCAGCAAGGCUGGAGGCCACAAGGCGGAGACGAAACGGCCUCCUCCGGUUUCCUGUGCUUUUGACAGUUUGGAGGAGAGCCCUCUGAUCCCCAUGAUGCUGUAUAUGCACCGGGUCAACAGCUUGGUGCUGGCUUUGCUAGUGGAGCCUCAUUUCAUGAGUGACACUGCUUCUAUGGAGGAAGUGAAUCACAGCAGCCUGGCUUCACUCAAUGGACUUGAGGCCCAUCUCAGGGCUAUCUCCCCAGCGGCCCCAGAUGCUGCAGGCCCUUACUUAUUUGCCCAUCAUGACUCUAUCCAGAGCACUCUGACAACCAACGUGUCUGGCCGUCCAGGGGGAGCCCCGGAGCAUCCUUUUGUCCGAGCCACAUCACUUCUCCACUCGCAUUUCUUUGACACUGAGACUCUGCAGGAGGCUAUUAUCAGGAGUGCCGGCACAGCGGUGUACGGGACCCGCACCGUGGCACACGAGACCUACUUCCAGCAGCACGGCGGAUCAGUGAGGAACUCUGGCAUCCCCAACCAGCAAGACAGCGCGUUCACGCUGCCCAGCAAGGCCCGACACAAACUCCUCAAACACAGGGUCAAUUUGCUGUGAACGGACAGCAUCGUGAUGCCUUAAUUGAGCGCUCCAUAAAAAAUGUAAAAAGAACUAGCUCAAGAACUUUGUGAAUCAGGGUUUUAAUCAAAUUUUAGAAUUUGAUUAAAGAUUUAUUGUGUUGCUGCUGAACUUCACCCAAUAACACAGAAUAUUAUAUGCUGAUUAAAUUAGUUUGUUUUGAAAUUGUUACUGUUAUAUACAUUGGAUAGCAUACAGUGCCUUAUUCACGCUUUUCACAUCACAACCAGAAACUUCUAGGGAUUUUAUUGGGAUUUGUUAUGGACUUUCGAUGGACCAGCAUGAAAUGGUGCAUCACUUUGAAGAGGAAGCAGAAUAUGUGGUUUUCAAAUUGUUUACCCAUAUAUCUCUAAACACAGUGCAAUCAGGUACAUUUAGAAAGCACCUAAUUAAAUUGAUUAAUAUAGUCCACUGGUGUGGAAUAAGUGGCAGCAUCAUGCUGUGGGAUGCUUUUCUUUAUCAGCUGUCAGAAUUUAUCAAAAGAUAGAUGGAGGCUGCAAAAUACUUCACACUGAAUCAGAGGGGUCACCUUCAUGCAGGACAACCCUAAACACAUUCAAACCUAUCAUGCUAUGGUUUAGAUCAAAGCAUAGUCAUGUUUUAAAAUGGCCCAGUCAAAAUCUGAACCUAAAAUCCAAUCUGUGUGAGAGUGCUGUUUACAAACACACUCCAUCCAGUCUGACUGCCCAGAACUUAUUUUUUGACAAAAUGAUGCAAAAUGUUCAGUGUCAAGAUGUGCAAAGCUGGUAGAUAUUUCCCUUAAGACCUGCAGAUUCAAUUGCAACAAAAUGGGGUUCUACAAAUAACUGAUUUAGGGAGGCUGUAUACAAAUGCGUACCAUGCUUUGCAGAGUUUUAUUAGUAAAAAAAAAAAAAAAAGUUUGUAUCAUUUUCCCUGUAUUUCACAAUCCUGCACUAUUUUGUGUUGGUCUGUUGCAGUUGUGACAUGACAAAAUGUGAAAAUGUUCAAGGGUGGUGGCCUAGUGGUUAAAAAGCAGGGCAUUCUUGUCCUGAAGAGGCCACAACUACCCUGGUUCAUAUCCCACAGCCUGCCACUUUAGGUCCCUGAGCAUGACCAUUAAACCCUGAAUGCUCCCCUGGCACUGCACAAUAGCAGCCUACUGCUCCCUGUGGGAUGCAAAGAACAAUUUCUCCAUUGUGAGGUUAAUGAAGUCUAAUUUAAAAGAGGUAUGAAUACUUCUGCAAGACAAUGUAUCAAUGUUCAGGGGCUGAAAAGAUAACUGUUUUAAAUGACUUUUAGCCACAGUUUGGGUAAUAUGUAUAUUGAUUCACUGUAAAAUAGAUUAUUUUAGGCCUAAUAUAUUACCUUUUAUAGAACUUGUUUACACAGUGUACAAAUAUUCCAUUGUCAUCAUGCUAAUGAUAUUUUCUUUCUUAAAGCAGCAUGUUAUGUUGCUCUUGUAUGCUUUAGCACACACAAUACGACCAAAGCAGCAUAUUUGUAUCCUUGACUAAAAAAGAAUGUUGAAUAUAUUGCUUUAUUUUCACAUAUAUCACAAUCAAACGUCAAGUGUUUAUUGUUAAUAAAAACGUGAAAUAUCUAAUA